CCUUUUAUUUGAUAUAUUUUUUUCUCACUUUCUCUCCCUCGAAUUUGUUUGUCUCGCAUCUUGAUCAUGCUCGAUGCUUUGGCGUGGAAAGGCGAGUCAGGGAGAGAGGUUUCCUCGUCGCCUGCUUGAGUGCCGAAUUCCGGACUCAAGAAUUCAGAACCCAGUUAUCUUCAAUUGUUAUUGUUUUUUGCUUGGCGUUAAAAAAUCCAGAUGUGAUUUUCUUUAUCUUUUGCCUUCAUUGACGUACAAGUGCGUUUACUUUAAACCAUCAAUUAGCAUGAAAGACAAUUCUAGAUGUAAAGAGUGGACAUCUGACUUUUGAAAGACAUGACUAUGGGUAUGAUAGUUUGAAUAGAUUAAUAACUUGCAUUUUGUGAAGGAUGAAGAUAUGGUCGGGAGGUGUUGUGUUAGGUUUUCUGUUCACCUUGUUGAUUUUACGAUAUGGGAUAUUGGAGAACCCCCUAGCUGAAAGAUUACUUCAAAGUCACCUGUCUCAUAAUUCUUCAGAACAUCUUGAGUGGGUGGCUUCUGAAAAUGCACCUGCAAUCCAAAAUCCGGGGGAUGGUUAUUCAGUAGUCUCAGCCAAUGUGAUAGCCCAGCAUCUUUUUACACAAAGGAAUCUCUCCGAGACAGGGAAACAGACAUUGCGAACAUGGUAUCAUUUGCAUCACCUAGUAAAUCACUCUAUUGGGUUACCUCAAGCUGUUGAGGCACUCGGGGAAGCUAGUUCUGCAUGGGAAAGUCUUAUGGCUGUAAUCGAGGGCAAAAAUUCUAGCCAAAGUAAUCUGCAGAAAGAUAAAGAUAAGCAAUGCCCUUAUUCUAUUAAAAACAUGAAUGCUUCAAGAUUUGCCGAUGGUACAUUCAAAUUGAGAAUACCAUGUGGCUUGAUUCAAGGUUCUUCAAUUACUAUCAUUGGCACUCCUGGUGGUCUUGUUGGCAAUUUCCGCAUUGAUUUAGUAGGAACAGCUCUUCCCGGGGAACCUGAUCCUCCUAUAAUUCUUCACUACAAUGUUCGGCUUCAAGGUGAUAAAUUAACAGAGGAUCCAGUGAUUGUUCAGAAUACUUGGUCUGCAACUAAUGAUUGGGGUGAAGAGGAGCGGUGCCCUUCUUCAAAUACUGACAGUAGUAAGAAAGUGGAUGAUUUGGAACAAUGCAGUUCAAUGGUUGGUAAUGAUGAUAAAAAGGUUUUCACAUCAAAUAGGCAUCGCAAUGUUUCUAAACCAUUUCCACUCAAAAAAGAGGGAGAUAAACAGAGAAAAUAUUUUCCAUUUAGGCAAGGAUUUCUUUCCAUUGCUACUAUUAGGGUGGGAAUUGAGGGAAUCCAGAUGACUGUAGAUGGAAGACAUAUAACUUCAUUUGCAUUCAGAGAAAGCUUGGAGCCAUGGCUUGUUAGUGAAGUAAGAAUUUCAGGAGACAUAAAAUUGAUAUCUGUCCUUGCCAGUGGGUUACCUACUUCCGAGGAUUUUGAGCAUGUUAUGGAUUUAGAAUUGUUGAAGUCAAAUCCCAUAACCAUGCACCAAGCUGUUCAUCUUUUUAUUGGCAUAUUUUCAACUGCAAACAAUUUCAAACAGAGAAUGGCUGUUAGAAGGACAUGGAUGCAAUAUGAUGCUGUGAAGACUGGAAUAGUUGUAUUACGUUUUUUUGUAGGCCUGCAUAAAAAUCAAAUGGUCAAUGAGGAGCUAUGGAAUGAGGCAGUUACAUAUGGAGACAUCCAACUGAUGCCAUUUGUGGAUUAUUAUAGCUUAAUUACAUUGAAAACAAUUGCUAUUUGCAUAUAUGGGACAAAUGUUUUAUCAGCCAAAUACAUAAUGAAAACAGAUGAUGAUGCUUUUGUCCGUGUUGAUGAGGUGCUUUCUUCAUUGGCGGGAGCAAAUAUCACAAGCGGACUUUUAUAUGGCAGGAUCAACUCAGAUUCACAACCUCACCGAAAUGUGGAGAGCAAGUGGUACAUUUCACUUCAGGAAUGGCCUGAUGAGAAGUACCCGCCUUGGGCUCAUGGUCCAGGAUAUGUAGUUUCCCGUGACAUUGCAGAGUCAGUGCACAAACGGCACAAAGAGGGGAGUUUGAAGAUGUUCAAGCUAGAGGAUGUUGCAAUGGGCAUAUGGAUAGAAGAGAUGAAAAAGAAAGGAUCAGAUAUUAAAUAUGUGAAUGAAGGAAGGAUUAGUAUUGAUGGGUGUGAGGCUGGUUAUGUCCUUGCUCAUUACCAGGAACCUCGGGAAAUGCUAUGCCUGUGGCAGAAAUUUCAGGAGACGAAACGGGCAAGAUGCUGUGGAGAGUAGGAUGUCUGCGAACAGUGUUUUAUCUCAUCUGGAAACUAACACAUUCCUUGUGGAAAUUUACUAACUUGGAUGUAAAGCUGAUGACUCUAGUACGAGUUGCUAUAUGGCCUAAACUAACCCUCUUUGAUGGUUGGCUAAGCACGGAGUUCAACACGGCUGAUGGUUGUCUAACCACGGGAUCCAGCUGGUUGAUGGCUUUUUGACAUAUUCACACGAUAAUUUUCUUUAACUAGGAUUUUAGACUUUAGUGGUGCUCUAUUCAGCUCAGAGGGAAGAAGGGAGAUUGUUACUCCAGUUUGAGAUAUCUUUUAGAAUACUCUCCUGUAUACUAUUAAAGGGAGAUGCUGCUUAUGGCACAGAGAGGGUUGAAUGAAGAGAGAUCUCAAUGGUUGUACCUUUCAUGAACAUGUAAUCAUAGUACAAUUAUUUUAUUUAUAAAGGAAAAUUCUAGAAAGUGCUCUACC